UCUUCCGCUGCAGCCGUUGUUCCAUUGAGAAGAACCUCAACAUGGCAUCCGACGGACCCCCGGGCACCGACUCUCUCCCGUCUGAUUUAGGGAGUGCUAUUGCGGCUCUGAACUCAUGGAGCAACCCGGAGCUUCAGUCCAAGCUGGCGGAGCUUGGAGCGCCAACAAUGGGUCCCAGAGAGGAGCUGAUUGACAGACUGAAGGGCUACAUGAUGCAGACUGGGAUUCUCCUCAGCAAACCUAAUGAUGACAAAUCAAUGGGAUCACAGAUGACAGGCAUGCCUCCUAUACCCACAAUGCCCAUGCCACCUAUGCCUCCUGGUAUGGGCAUGCUGCAGGCUAUGAGCAUGAUGCCCGGAGGGCCCCCUCCUCCCGGUAUACACAUGAGCAUGGAGCACCCGGGUUUGCCGCCUCCCGGUCUGACGCAGGAAGAUCAGCUGAAGAUGGUUCAGCAGAGAGCAGCCAUGGUAUUACAGCAGGAGGAGAGGGCCAGUCAGCAGGGUGAUGUCAUGGAUGAACAGGACCUUCUAGAGCAACAGAAAAGGGCUGCAGUGUUGCUGGAACAGGAACGCCAGCAGGAGAUGGCCAAGAUGCAGCCCAGAGCCAUGGCCCCCGUCACCGCAGUGAGAAUUACUGGUUUGGAUCCUCGCGGUCCGCUUCCUCCUGGUGUGACUAUGUUGCCGACCCAGAAACAAAGAGUGCCGCCUCCUCCGGGAGAGGACAGAGAGGCAUGGCAGAGUGAAGAGAUGAGCGUCACUGGGCCCAAGAUUCCUCAGGCUCUGGAGAAGAUCCUCCAACUGAAGGAGAUCAGACAGGAGCAGCUCACUGAUCCUGCAGAGGAGGAAGAUGAUGAGGGAGCAGAGAUGGACAUGAACAAUUCCUCUGGGUUGGUCAUGUCGGAGACAGAAGACGACGACAGCCAGCUUUCUAAAAAAGAUAAAAACCGCAGGCGCCGGAACCGCAAAAAGAAGAGCAAGAAGAAGCGAGCGCUGGAGAAGAAGGAGCAAGCGGAGCAGCAGAAGGAGGGCAGCGAGAAGGAGAAGGAGAAGGAGAAGGAGAAAGACAAAGACAAGGACAAGGACAAGGAGCCAGAGGUGGAGAUCGAGUACGUGACAGAAGAGCCAGAGAUUUACGACCCCAACUUCAUCUUCUUCAAGAGGAUUUUUGAGGCAUUUAAGUUGACUGAUGACGUGAAGAAAGAGAAAGAGAAGGAGCCAGAGAAGGCAGAAAAGACAGAGACAGCCGUGCUGCGCAAAAAGGGCUUCGAGGAGGAGAAGAAAGACAGUGACGACAGCGACGAGGAAGUGAGACCAGAUGCACCUAAACUGUCCAAGAAGAAGCUGAGGAGGAUGAACAGACUGACUGUGGCUGAACUUAAACAGCUGGUGGCUCGUCCAGAUGUCGUGGAGAUGCAUGACGUGACGGCUCAGGAGCCCAAGCUGCUGGUCCACCUCAAGGCCACCAGGAACACGGUGCCGGUUCCCCGCCACUGGUGCUUCAAACGAAAGUAUCUGCAGGGCAAGAGAGGCAUAGAGAAGCCUCCGUUUGAGCUGCCCGAGUUCAUCAAGAGGACGGGGAUCCAGGAGAUGAGGGAGGCGCUGCAGGAGAAGGAGGACGCCAAAACUAUGAAAACCAAAAUGAGAGAGAAGGUUCGUCCCAAGAUGGGAAAGAUCGACAUCGACUACCAGAAGCUUCACGACGCCUUCUUCAAGUGGCAAAUCAAACCCAAGCUCACUAUUCACGGAGACCUUUACUACGAGGGUAAAGAGUUUGAAACCCGCCUGAAAGAGAAGAAGCCAGGAGAUCUGUCUGAUGAGCUACGUAUUGCUCUGGGCAUGCCAGUUGGACCAAACGCUCACAAGGUUCCGCCUCCCUGGUUGAUUGCCAUGCAGAGAUACGGGCCCCCUCCCUCCUACCCCAACCUGAAGAUCCCCGGACUCAACUCCCCCAUCCCAGAGAACUGCACCUUUGGAUACCACGCUGGAGGCUGGGGCAAACCACCAGUAGAUGAGAUGGGAAAACCUCUGUAUGGAGACGUGUUUGGGACCAAUGCAGCAGACUUCCAGGCUAAAGCUGAGGAGGAGGAGGUGGACCACACACCGUGGGGAGAGCUGGAGCCUUCGGACGAGGAGUCGUCGGAAGAGGAGGAGGAAGAGGAGAGCGACGAGGAGAAGCCGGACGAAACAGGAUUCUUCACACCAGCGGACAGUGGGCUGAUCACUCCUGGAGGAUUCUCAUCGGUACCAGCCGGCAUGGAGACGCCGGAGCUGAUAGAGCUGAGGAAGAAGAAGAUUGAGGAGGCCAUGGAUGGGAAUGAGACACCACAGCUGUUCACUGUUCUCCCGGAGAGACGAACGGGCCCCGUGGGCGCGGCCAUGAUGGCCUCCACGCACAUAUACGACGUGUCAGGGGCUAUGGUCAGUCGUAAGGCGGGUGGAGGGCAGGAGUCUCAGGGCGUGGAGGUGGCUCUGGCCCCGGAAGAGUUGGAGCUGGACCCCAUGGCCAUGACGCAGAAGUACGAGGAGCACGUCAGAGAGCAGCAGGCUCAGGUGGAGAAGGAGGACUUCAGCGACAUGGUGGCCGAGCACGCCGCCAAACAGAAGCAAAAGAAGAGGAAGGCCCAGCCGCAGGACACGCGAGGCGGUGCCAAGAAGUACAAAGAAUUCAAGUUCUAGCGGAGGCCAUAACAGGAAAUGAAAGAGGAAGAGACACAUUCAGGUUUUAGUUUCUGAGGACGCAGACUCCAGCACCAAUCAUCGGCCAGACCAGUGACAGCAAAUACAUGUUGUUUAGUUCUUUUUCUUUUUUUAAAAAAUACUAUAAAUCGACAACGUUGCCACGACAUGUCUCGUGUUAUUAAUGUAAGAAUGGUGACAAGUCUUUCCUCCAUUUCAGUCUAUUUUUAGGUUGUUUUUCACUGUAACUGUGUUUGUUUUUUGUAAAUAAAUGAAGUGAUGGCGAGCUCACCACUACACUGUC